AUGUUAAUUGUUGUACCUAUUACGCAGCUCCAGAAGAAAGUUGAGGAGCUCAAAGAAGAGGAAGAAAUAAAAGUGGAAAGCUAUAAAAAUGUUCUGAGAGACAAACAGCAGCUGGAGGGAGCUAAAAAUGAAGUAUUGAACUACAUGAAAGCUGAAAAUGAGAUUGCAAAAUUAAGAAAUGAGCUGAUGCAAAAGUACAUAAAAGAUAAUCAAGAGUUAAUUGAUAAAGAAGAACAAGAGAAGUCUGAACUUCAGAGACUGCUAGGAGAGAAACUGUCAGAAAGAGAGAGAUCAGCAGGUAAUGAAAAAGACAAGUUGAACCAAAAGUCUGGAAGUUAUAAUAAUGAAUGUGCUGGCCUGAAAGCAGAGGCUGAAGCAGCUGCAGAGAAGCAGGCAAGAAUGAAUGAAUUGCUGCAAGAUGCGAAAAAACAGCAAACCCAAUAUGCAGUUGAUGACAAGGCUGGACAAAAGAUUGGCAAUGAGCUGUCAGGUUAUGAAGAGCUGUAUGAGAAAUAUCAAGGGCAGUUGAUGAAAUUUAAGGAUGAAGAAAAUCAGAUUAAUAGUGACUGUAUUCAACUUGAUGCCCAACUGAAGGAAGCUCUGGAACACGUUAAGGAAGAUAUUGCUAACCUAUGUGAGGAAAAGGAUUCUCUCCAGUACAAGCUCACUAAAAUUCAGGAAGUUGUUGAUGGAAAGAAAUCACAGUAUGAAGUAGCAAAAUCUGAGUUAGAAGUAUAUGUUCUUCCUGAAAGUACAGAAAAAGAGAAGUUGAAGCUUUUGAUUCAGAAUCUCGAGAAAAUGACUGAACGUCUCUUAAAAACAAAGGAGGAAAAACAACAAAUGCUGGAAAGAUUCCCUGUUGUGGAAAAGGAUUUAAUGCUGGCCAAAGAUGAAAAGAAACAACUGGCACAUGAAGAGGAAAUAUGUUCAAAACAACUGCAUGUUAUUCAAAUGAAAUUACAUGAAGCUCAUCAAACAAUGACAAAAUCAGUUUCAAGUAAUAAAGUUGUCGAAUAUUUGACGAACUGCAAGUUGGAGAAUAAGUUACCAGGUUUCUUUGGAAGAUUGGGAGACCUUGGUGCCAUAGACGAGAUGUACGAUGUGGCAGUUUCAACAGCCUGUGGUUAUUUAAACCGCAUGGUAGUUGAUACAGUGAAAACAGCACAGGAAAGCAUAGAGCUGUUGCGUCAGUCAAACAUCGGCCAGGCAUCAUUCAUUGUUCUUGAAUACCAACAAAAGCCUGAGAAUGCACCACGGUUAAUUGACUUAAUCAAAUUAGCAGAUGAGAGAGUUCGUGUGGCAUUUUACUUUGCUCUACGUAACACACUUGUUGCAAAUGAUGUAGCACAAGCAACAAGAAUUGCUUUUUCUGGAGGAAAUCGUAACAGAGUAGUUACUUUACAAGGACACAUCAUUGAAGCUACAGGUGAUUAA